AGAGGGGGGUUUGUUGAGGAGGAUCCUUCCUUCCUUUGCCUUUUUGGUUUUUCGUCUGCCUCUGACCCCUCUUGCUUUGUCAAUACGCGCUUGCGCUUUUCGAUUCAGAUAAAAUUAAAUUACUCCCUUAAUUGCCUUCAAUUUCUCGAGCUUAAUUCUCUGUAUCUUCUGAUUUCCAAACAGUAAUUCUGUAAUUCCGAUGGCUACCGCUGGAAACAAGAACAUCAAUGCCAAGUUGGUGCUGCUUGGGGAUGUUGGAGCUGGAAAGUCCAGUCUUGUAUUGCGUUUCGUGAAAGGGCAAUUUGUUGAAUUUCAGGAAUCAACCAUUGGUGCUGCCUUUUUCUCACAAACAUUAGCUGUUGAUGAUGCGACUGUGAAAUUUGAGAUUUGGGAUACGGCAGGACAGGAGAGAUACCAUAGUCUGGCUCCAAUGUACUACAGAGGGGCUGCUGCUGCAAUUGUCGUGUAUGACAUAACUAAUCAAGCCUCAUUUGAGCGGGCAAAAAAGUGGGUCCAGGAACUUCAGUCACAAGGUAACCCCAAUAUGGUUAUGGCACUAGCUGGUAAUAAAUCUGAUCUACUGGAUGUGAAGAAGGUUGCAGCAGAGGAAGCACAAGUAUACGCCCAGGAGAAUGGUCUCUUCUUUUUGGAAACCUCGGCAAAAACAGCAACCAAUGUCAAUGAAAUUUUCUAUGAAAUAGCAAAAAGACUACCUCGUGUCCAGCCAGCGCAGAAUCCAUCUGGAAUGGUACUCAUGGAUAGACCCACGGAGAGAACAGCAAAUGCAUCUUGUUGCUCCUAAGCGCUUCUACAUCAUCACCACCACCACCACUGCUUUUGUGUAACUUAUGGUGCUUGUAACACCUACUCUCCUGAAAUAUAUGUUUCAUAGUUUCCUGGUUUCCCCUUUUUUGUGUAAUUACUCAAUUCAGAAUUGUACAUGCAUGGUCCCUUACCAAUCAGUGAACAGAGUUUGAGAUUGGGUUCCCUGUACUGAUAUCUAUGUGGCUUCUUAUGAAUCUUGUCUCAGUUUCGGGGCUGAA